AUGACUCUAGAAGAUUUUGAGAAGGCAUUGGUGGAGGGGAAAGAGCAGCGACACGAAAAAAGCGAAGGGCGACACCAUCGAGACCGAAACCGCGAUCGCGAUCGCGACCGCAGCAAAGACCGCUCGAGACAACACCGCCAUCGUUCCAGCAACCACCACCGACGCCAUUCCUCCAGAUCUCGUGAUCGGGACAGCGAGCGGACUCAUGAGUCCCGGCAUCGCGACGAUGAUGGCCACCGGCACAAGCGUUCACGUCGUUCUGACGACCAAGGAGAUGAGCAUGGCCAUAAACGUCAUCAUCAUCACCGGAACUCCAAAGACGAAGGGGAAUCCGCUGCUCCUCCAGUGAUAGUACAAGAGGAGCCCAGUAAUCUCAAACGGGACGCCUGGAUGGAAGCGCCCUCGGCUCUCGACAUUGAUUACGUUCAUCGACCGGAUUCGACCCGACAGGAGGAGCCGAAACCAAUAAUGCUUUCGGCAGAUUACGAACUCAAGAUCCACGACAAGGAGCUCAACGACCAUCUACGUGAUCUCAAGGAUGGAAAAACAGUUGACGAAAUAGAAGAUGAGCCUGCCUCGCAUGAGGUGGACUAUACCUUUGGUGAUUCCGGGUCACAAUGGAGAAUGACGAAGCUCAAAGGCGUAUACAGAGAGGCGGAAGAAAGUGGCAAGCCUAUUGACGAGAUUGCUACUGCGCGUUUUGGAGAUCUUCGCUCCUUUGACGACGCUCGGGAGGAGGAAACCGAAAUUGGUCGACGCAAGACAUAUGGCGAGUCCUACGUGGGCAAAGAUAAACCUAGCGGGGAGCUGUUCCAGGAAAGGAAGCUUCAAAACGACAACCGCAGAGGUCCGCUCGACCAUGUUCGUGAUCCAGAGCAAGAACUCAAAGUCGAGGGCCAAGGCAAGCAAAUGGACACUAUACCUCCUCCGAACACUAGCCGUCACCUAGAUAUGACGGCAUUGAAUCGUCUGAAGGCCCAGAUGAUGAAGGCAAAGCUCAGAAAAGCACCAAAUGCCGCCGAUCUUGAGGAACAGUACAAUACAGCCGCGGCAGCAAUGUCAAACCGCAAGGAAUCCGAUGUCGUGGUCCUUGAUGUCAUGCAUAACCCAAUGCUAGCAGGCUCAAGGAAUGAGGUAAAAGUGGUCGAUACUAAGAGAGGUCGGGAAAGAGGCCAGGUGGAAGCAAAUGAAGAUAUGAGCAUUGAAGAUAUGGUGCGAGAAGAGCGCAAAACCCGUGGCCAACUUGGUGGAGAAGGCCGGCGGUUGGCGGAUCAAAUUGGCCGUGAUGCCAAGUUUGAGAACGAUUUGGAGUACAUGGACGACAAUGCAUCCAAGCUGGCAAAAAGAGUUCAUCGAUCAGAGAUUGACCUCAAGAACACAACUAUCAACGACUUCCACAAGAUGAACCGGAUAUUGGACAACUGCCCCCUUUGCCACAACGAAGACAAGGGUACGCCUCCGCUUGCUCCAGUGGUAUCCCUUGCGACCAGGGUCUUCCUCACACUUCCUACCGAACCCGAGAUCAGUGAAGGUGGUGCUACCAUCGUACCAAUCCAACAUCGCACGAAUUUGAUGGAAUGCGAUGACGAUGAAUGGGAAGAAAUCCGUAACUUCAUGAAGAGUCUCACGCGCAUGUACCACGACCAAGGCCGAGAUGUAAUCUUCUACGAGAAUGCAGCUCAGCCACAGCGCAAGCGGCAUGCAUCCAUGGAAGUUGUGCCUUUACCCUAUAGCCUAGGAGAGACAUCUCCAGCAUUCUUCAAAGAAGCAAUUCUCAGCGCCGAGUCGGAAUGGUCGCAGCACCGCAAGCUUAUCGAUACCCUUGCCAAAUCAAAGCAAGGGUUAGGCCGGUCUGCCUUCCGCCGAACACUCGUGAAGGAGAUGCCCUACUUCCACGUUUGGUUCGAACUAGACGGUGGCCUGGGUCAUAUUGUGGAAGACGACAACCGCUGGCCUCGUGGAGAUCUCUUUGCCCGAGAGAUCAUCGGUGGAAUGCUGGAUGUUGCUCCCGACGUCAUCAAACGACAAGGCCGCUGGAACCGUGGGGAUCGCAGGGUUGACGGAUUUAGGAAACGCUGGAAGAAGUUUGACUGGACUCGCAUUCUGGUUGAAGGCUAG